GGUUCGCAUUUUAAGCCUAAAUCGAGACCGAUUGUGACACACAUUUUGACUGACAUGUAUCUAAAAUAGACUCUCAGAAGAGGACAGUAAAAGUGCUUCGGAUGCUAGAAUGAAAUUUAUUGUAAAUCGAGUGAGCAAUUUUUUUGUGUGUUCUGUAUAAAGCAAACGAUGUUUAUCGCGUUGAUUCCAAGUUAAAAGCAUCGAAUACUACAUUAUGUAAUGGUAACAGUUAACCAAGUCCUGAUCGUUAUGUUAACUGGUGUGUAAUAUAUAUGAGUGAAUUAUUCUCAGUUAUUUUUGAAAGUGCAAAUUCGCACUAACUGUGUAAGUUUUGAGGUUUUCAAGGCGAUGACUAUGAUGAAAGUCCACGGCGCCGAAACCCAGAAGACGACUUUCAUCGCACUAACUGCUUUGAAAAUGUGACCAAGAAAGAACGCUUCCCUCUUUACAUAAAACAAGUUGCAGUGGCUAGUUAUUUUGGGUAUAACACAUAAGGCAUUUGUCACUGGAAGAUCGUGUUCUUGUGUUAUUGGAGGCUGUUCACGGAUGCUGUAUGAACACAGACCACUGCAGAAGAUUUUUUUGACACUUUUGGAAGUGCAAAGGCAAUAUUCCGCAUGGGUGGCGUGAAGUGUUUCGAUUCAUCAUCGUUCACGCGCGAGCUUAGCGCCAGCAUAUCAUGAAAUGAAAGUAGUGGUACAUACUUAUAGUAAUUUCUUUCUUGCUGCAGUAAUAAUAGUAUGAAGUAGAACAUGAUUGCGAGGAGGUGCUGUGACCAUUACAAAAUGAAGUAGGAUCUGAUUUACAAAUUAUUUUACUGUGGUAAUGACGGUGUGAAGUAGGAUCUGAUUCCUGUGAAGCGUACAAAAUGGCGGUGGAACUGAACAUGAAGCUGUACCCAGUGGAGUACCUCGGGUUCACUGCCAUGGACAAGAGGUUUUCCAGACCCAUGUUGCCAUGGGUCAUUGCAGAGAUCAAGAGGCGAGGCACUUCAGAGAAGGUUUCCCUGGGCAUUCGGGACGGCCAGGUACACGCCUUCAGCCGGGGUGUCGCGGAAUCUGGGCAGCAAGUUCCGGCCGUCAUGUUUCAGCACUCCCUGCAGAACAUCAUUAGGUUCUCGCAUACGUAUGACAACCAGUGCACCUUCAUGUACCUGCUUAGGGACACCGUGGAACCACUGCUCUACUGCUACCUCUACCAGGCGGCCGAUGCCAGCGAUGUAGUGGAGCUAUUCAGUGCAAUGAGGGACCAGGCCAAAGAUGGAAACACUGUUGCUGGAAACAAUGGCCGUUCCCUUAGUAGUGCAGCUACUUUAACAUCACUCUGUGCCGACAUUUCUCCAAGCUCCUCACAUUUCUUUGAAGUUUUGUAUAUUGGUAAAAUCAAAGUCUCCCACAAGAAGGUGCCAGAGUCAUUCAUUGAUGAUGCAUUGGAGAAAUUCCGUGUGCAUGAGAUGGAGAAAGGGAAGAGUAAAAUUGUGAAACAAGGCAGCAGUCAUAAUGUAUCAGCAGCUGGAGCCCCCACUGGUAGCAGUCAUAACGUAUCAGCAGCUGGAGCCCCCACUUGUAGCAGUCAUAACAUAUCAGCAGCUGGAGCCCCCACUGAUAGCAAUCAUAAUGUAUCAGCAGCUGGAGCCCCCACUUGUAGCAAUCAUAACAUAUCAGCUGCUGGAGCCCCCACUGAUAGCAAUCAUAACAUAUCAGCAGCUGGAGCCCCCACUGGUAGCAAUCAUAACAUAUCAGCAGCUGGAGCCUCUGCAUGCAGCAGUGCACAUCUCAGCGAAGCACAGACUCCAGGCAGCAGUGUUGUGAUAGCCAUGUGUCAAGAUGAGGAUCCAUGUCAUAGAGGAUCGCUGGGCUCAGGGUGUGAUGGAGACAUGGAGACUGCUGACCAGCUGAAUGCAGUGUCACCCACGGUUCUGUCCCCUUUGGUGCUGCCACCUACCAGCAGCAUGAAGCUUGGGGAUCCCAUUGAGGCUCUCAGUAUAACUUCUCAAGGGGAAGGCAGCAUUUUGGUGGAUCAGCAUUCACAGCCAUCAGCACCAAGUGAAGUGCUUCCAGUAUGCACCAGCUCUACCCUCAGCAAUGAAUCAGCAUGGAUGAAGCAGCAGUCACUUCCUCUGGAGCCUAUGAGAAACCGAGCAGCAUCCACUGGUAGUGCAAAGGAGUUGAGGAAGUCAGAGGGCACAGCCCAUAGUGACCACAAUCGCACAAUGCUGUUUCAAGUUGGUCGCACUGACCUAAGGCUUAUUAGUCCUGAUCGAAAGCAGAUCCUGUUGCACAAACACCUGAAGGAUGUUGCCAGCUGUAUCCAGGGACUGAAGCAUGCAGACCAUUUUGGGUUUAUCUGCCGAGAGCUGAAUGUGGAGUGCUAUAUUGGAUAUGUGUUAAAGUGCCAGUCUGAGUCCGUAGCUGAUGAUGUGGUGGCAGCCAUAAGACAAGCAUUUCUCGCCACAUCCGACACACAGCGGCGUGAGAAGCUGCCAGUGUUGACCUGUGAACACUGUCCCAUGGUAUGGUACCACAAACUGUGUGCUGAUGCAGAAGGUUUGAACGAUAAGCGCACACAAAACAUUAUUUUUCGUCGACUUGAGGUGUUGCCAGAAGAGGAACAAUCUGUGAUAUUAACCAAAUUCCGAGGAGUGGAGACCUCGAGUCUGCGUGAGCAGAAUGAGUUUCUCAUGAUGCUACUGCGAGCACACUGUGAAGGAAAACAGGCUCGCCACACACAUGACACAGCUGAGAACCGCAGCGAGUUCCUCAAUCAGUACCUGGGUGGGAGUACCAUCUUCAUGAAGGCCAAACGUUCACUCACAAGUUCAUUUGAUCAGCUGCUUAAGCGCAAGGGGUCGCGGGAUGAUUUUGAACCAAUUGUGAAAGAACUGAGUCUACCAAUGAAUGCUGCACUGUGUAAGGAUCCACCAUCUUCAUCAGGACAUGCUAGCCCAACUUCCCGCUCAUCACCAGCUCCAGCACUCGAGGUGCCUGAGAGCAAUGCAACAGACAGCGGUGCCAGCAGCCUGCGACCACGUUCAUCUACCGUGGGCACAGCAGAAGGCGAGAUAAUGAAACGAGAGCUGCAAGUAAAGCAGCCAAAUGGCAGCCUUUCUGCAAGCAACUCCCAUCAACAGUUGACUUCUGUUACCCCUCCGAAUGGACAGCAGAAAACAAGUCCCAUGAUGAACAUAUUCCUGAAAGUUGGCCACACCUCAAAAACAUCACCAACGCAGGAACUGAACCAGAAUGUGAUGAGGCAGUCUGGAUCUUGGCGCCAGGCUAUCUUCAAUAGGGUUGUGACACCUAGCAAGAACUUAUCCGCAGAGCGGGGCCUGGGUGAAGUCACUCCAAAACAGCGCCCAGUGAAGCGAGAUCGAGAUGAACUGCGUGCCUUGUGGAAGAAAGCCAUCAACCAGCAGCUACUGCUUAUACGCAUGGAGAAGGAAAAUGCAAGGCUGCGAGCCCGACAGGAAGAAGCAACAAUGAAGCGCAUCAAGUUGAAUUAUGAUGAGAUCGGCUCAUGUGUGCGAGAGGUAAUGGAGGUGUGGGACCUCCUGGUGAGUAAGGAGAGUCGUGUUUCAACCCAGUGUGACUCCAAAAUGUUGCUUCAAGCCAUCAGGCAAGGAGUUCCACGUAGUAAGCGAGGGGAUGUUUGGCACUUCUUAGCGGAGCAGUAUUGCUUGAAAGUUGCACCAAUAGAUACAAGCAAGUUCCCUAAUUAUCACGUUCCAUAUGAGAACCUACUGCGACAGCUCACCUCCCACCAACAUGGCAUCCUCAUAGACUUAGGACGUACAUUCCCCAAUUGCCAUUACUUCUCAUCUCCACUGGGACCUGGACAGCUGGCCCUGUUCAACCUGCUGAAGGCAUACUCACUCCUGGACCCUGAGGUUGGGUAUUGCCAGGGACUGAGCUUUGUAGCUGGAGUGUUGCUGCUACAUAUGUCUGAAGAAUCAGCCUUCUUCUUACUUCGCCAUCUGAUGUUCCGGCGAGGCUUGCGACGACAGUACCUUCCUGACAUGACAGCACUGCAGGUGCAGUUGUACCAACUGUCACGCCUUCUGCACGACCAGCACCUUGAAUUGUAUCUCCACUUUGACAAGCACGAAGUGGCCCCCACUCUGUAUGCAGCCCCCUGGAUACUCACUCUAUUUGCUUCACAGUUCCCUCUUGGGUUUGUUACCAGGGUUUUUGAUCUGUUGUUCCUGGAGAACACAGAAGUAAUAUUCCGAGUUGCACUGGCUCUUCUGGGGGAGCACAAGGAUGGACUGUUAACAUGUGACAGCUUUGAAGAGAUCAUGGAAUACCUCAAGAAUGUGGUGCCGACAGUGGACAAGAAGAUACUAGACAGAGUUAUGAAACAGGUAUUCACAAUGGAUGUGAGCAAACAACUGCAUGAAUAUGAGGUGGAGUACCAUGUGCUGCAGGAAGAAAUGUCAUCUCCACGCCCAGAAGAGAUGGAGGCAUUGCGCAAAGCUGAGGCUGCAAACAGAGCACUCCUUCAACAGAAUCGAGCUCUUGAGGAACAGCUUGAGAUUGCCACAAGCAACAUCCACCGAUUGGAGACGAGUCGUGCACACCAGCAGGCAUCCCUGGCACGCUUGGAAUCACAGGUUCGCAGCCUUGAAGUUAGUGUGGCCACAAUGGGGCAUUUCAUAGCAUCCCUAGCUGAAACUAAUUCAGUCAUUGAGAUACCAGGUGAGAUCCGUCGCGUUGUGGCCCAGCUUUCUGUGGCUGAACGCAGACGCAGCACCGCAGGCCAGAGUCUACUCAAAAGCCCAAAACCAGAGAACCCACUUCAAAAGGUCAUGCCCCUUACAAUAAGUGAAGAUUCAUCUCGAUGCAACAUUGCAGAAGUAAGAACAAACUCAGCUGACAGUGAAAUCUCCACAAAACCCAAGCGAGGUGAAGAGAAACUUCGAGAUAUGCCGUAUCCUCUCAAGUCAACUCUCAGCUCACCAAAUCUAACAACAAAAUUAUCUGGAAUGUCAUCAUUUUUUGCUAGUGCUCAUAAUCAAAUUAAGCAGCAGAGAUUAAAUGCUGUAAAUAAUUUAUCUGAAGUGACAGAUAGUGAAACUGUUUUAAAAAGAAAUGUCUCAGCAAACUGUACAAGUAAUGGUAGUGCUUCAGCAACGGUGGAUAUUACUAAGAACUCUCCACUUUCAGAUGUUGCAAGUUAUGAGAAGUCUAAUUCUGUGCCUCUGCCUGUCCCCCACUUCAAACUGAAGUCUUCUCAGAGUUCGUUUGAACUUGGGACUCAUGGUAGUCAUACAGUUAUUGAAACCUCUCAGUGUGAGAGCAGUGACAGUGGAAAUGUUACUCCCACAUCACCAGCAGCAACCAGUCAUAUUCAUCCUCUUGAUACAUGUUCUGAUGUCCACUUCACAUAUGGAGGCACAACCAAGCUAAAAACCAUCCGUCCUCUUCGAGCUCAGCUCUCACGUAACUCCAGUACUGAUAGUAUACAAAUACUGAAACCAAUGGGACCAGGAGAUGUCAACAUUUUAGCAUCACAGAUAGUUGAUAGUAAGAAGACUGAAACUUCAACAGUUUCUUCAGUUGGUGAAACAAAGGAAAGCCUUGUUACAGGGUAAUAGAUAAACACAGAUGUAGCACCCUAAAAUUUUUUAAAUGAGUAUUGUUAUAUAUCCAAGUAUCAUAUUAUCCUCUACAGUUAGUUAACAGGUUAUAGGGUUGGAAGAGAUUAUGUUAAUUACACACAUGCCAAGUACUUAUUGAUGCUAACAAUUUUCUGUUUGUUCUUAAUGGACAUUCGUUCUCUUGAUUUAUGUGUGGUAUGGCAAAAAGCAGGGUUUUUGCACUGACAGAUCAGUCCUAUUCUAACCUGUCAUCAGCAUAGCUGUUAGUUGAUUUAUAUCGUAAUGGAUGUGGCAUGGACUAAAUUUCAAAGGAGGCUAUGUUGGAAAGAAAAAUGGAUUUCUAUCUUUUAUUGCUUGUACAGAAUCUCUGAAGUAAUUUUGAAGGAUAGUGUAAUGAAGAUUUUACAGAUCAGGUCUACCUCCCUUCCUGUGGAUUCCUGUGAAGCUUAUUUUAAAUAUUGUCUUUAUGAACUAUAAGGCUUGUUCCAUUUCCAAAUGAUGAAUCCAUCUUGGUCAAGGUCUCUGAAUCAUGCUGAUCUAUAUUAAUUGUUUUAUUCAUACAGAUAUUUUCAUAUCAGACAUUCAUGACAGCUGUUUCAUUUUUAUGUCCCUUGGUACAUGUGCUGAUCUUAUUCGGUUGCAAUUCUGCUUCUAUAACUGAAUUUCAGUUUUGGUUCUUAUGUAUGUAACCUUCACAGUUUAAAAGAAAUGUUAUUGCAGGCACCUAUAUGUUAUUCUGUAAACAUUUGUUAAGGAUACAUUCAUAGGAUUAGUUGACUUUAAUUCAUCAGUAUUGCACAUCUUGUUUUGGAUGCCACUAAAUCAUGCUAAAACUGACACAGGCUUUAAUGUCCCAACUAAAAUUUUGAGCCAAGUCCUACAUCAGAAGCAUUGAAGACGUUUGUGUGUUAUCAGUCUAAAUUAAUUUGUAACAUUUAGUUCACAGAAAAUUAAAAUUUGUCUCUGCCAUUGUUCACAGAAUACAAAUUAUCUGUACUAGAUACUAAUAGAAAUCCCUGUGACUGUUUUCACAUGAACUAAAUAGGAGCAUAAUAAGAAAUUGUGAUGACAAAUUUAUUCACCACUGGCCUUUUAUUAACUGAGUGUAUUCCAUUAGUUGUGUUUUAAUCACACAAAGAGAACAAGUGUUUCAAGUGAUGAACUGUGGAAUGAAAAGACAUUAGAUAUGGUGUACAUACAAAAAAGUUACUGAAUGUCAUGCUGCAAAUUCAUAUUUUUCAUGACAGUAUAUGUACUUAUAAUUAUGUGACAUUGGAUAGCAUUAGUUAGUGCUCUCCUUAACGGCCAUUUAUAAAAUCCUCUACAUUGUGGCAGGAAGCAUAUUUCUUGUGAUAGGUAAUUUGUAUGUGUUUAAUAAUAUAGUUUUGAUAUCUGUCUUUAAAUUAGGCUUGUGAUUAUGUUAACCAUGGACACAAAGUUUUCUAUUAGGCAUUAAGUCAAAGGAUGAAUGUAAUAAGUAUGUCAGCAUUUCUUGUGUGGUUUGUCCACAUUAUAUACAACAGAACGAAGUUGUUUGAAUGCAUUUGAUAUUAAACAUAGUUACAAAGAAAUUGGUUUCUUUUUAUGACACAUCUCCAAUUAAUGAAUUUUAGACUUCUGAAAUAUAAAAGUUGUGUGUAUAUUAUGUGACAAAAUUUGCUAUUGUGUAACAUAUGUGUUGACACUGUUGAAAGUUAAUUAAGUAACCAGUUCUAACCAUGGAGCAGAGUUCUUGAAAAGCUCAGAGAGUCAAUCAUUUCUCUGCCUGGUAUGGAACUAGAACACAAGGGCCUACCACCGAUGCUUAUCCUAGCAUGAAUCCCAGUCCACACUCUGUGGUGAUGUUUCUUUUAAGAUCCAUUUAAUUGUUACCCUUCCCGGUUAUUUCCUUCAUAUUUACUGGUCAAGUCUUUGUAUACAUUUCCCAUCUUGCAUGGCACAAUCUUUCUCAAAAACCCCGAAUUCUUGGCUAAUAUGCCACACAUUAUAAACAGGGAUGGUAUUUUUUAAAGUAAAUAGGUUGUUAAGAGUAACUCAACACAGUAUGAGCAGAUGCCCAAAAUGUCUGCCUUCUGCUGUUACACACACUUGAUAUAUCGUAAAAAUUCAUGCAUUGUCCUGGGAGUAUUUUAAUGCACUUUGGUUUUUUAGGUUUCCACACAGUUACAAAUUGCAGUCAUUGAGUCUGGAGUGCUUGCAGGCCACAAUGUAUGAUUUAUCAGUCUGGCUUCAAAUGCCUCAUUUAACCAGUUAAGUGUUUAUAUUCUCUACUCUUCUCUCUCCCACAUAUAAAAGAAAUGGUAAAGCUAUCUCUGUAACAGGCCAUGAAGUCCCACAGGGGUGUGAGACAUUGAGGCACCCG